AUGUUAUCAAAUCGGUCAAAUAAGGAUACUAAAGAAGUGAAACGUAUUAGUCUGAUUCCAAGUAGACAAGAGCAAUAACAAGAACAAGAAUACAAGUACAUAUAACCUGUAAAAACUGUAAAUGUGGAGAAUCAAGAUCCAAAAUGGUCAGAACUCAAAGUAGAUGGUAAGAAUAUCAACCAUAGAGCUUAUACAAGUAUAACAAUUCAUAAUGAUUUGUAUAAUUUUCAGUAUUUAUAUAGUCUUUAUUUAUAUGGAGGAUAUUAAGUUCAAUUAGGAAUAAUGGAUGAAUUCUAUCGUAUGAAUCUAAAGAGUUUGAGUUACCAAUGGGAAAAGUUGUCUUACAAAGAAAACCCAGGACCAAGAACUCGUCAUCAAAUGUGCACUUACAUGGAUAGAAUCUACAUUUUUGGUGGUCAAAUACACUAAUCUGUUUCCACUAAUUCUAUGUGGUACUUUGAUCUCAAUUCCCACACUUGGAUUAAGUGCAAAAUUAAUCAAUCUUAUCCUCCAGAAAUAGAUAAUCAUACAGCUAUUAUCCAUAAUGAUAAUUGGAUUGUAUUUGGAGGCUUUUUUGGAGGAACAGUAGGUUUACACUCUAACUAUGUAUAUAAAUAUGAGUUUGCUUCUAAUACAUGGCAAAGGAUCUAACCAUAAAAUAGCACUGCUCCUACUCCUAGAGAUGGAUCAGGCAUAGCUAUACAUAAGAACAUUCUUUAUAUGUUUGGAGGAUCUAAUGGACAUUAGAGAUUUAAUGAUUUAUGGAAAUUCGAUUUCUAAGUAUGGACUUACAUUCCUGUUAGUUCCAAUAUAUUACCAAGAGUUAGAUCAGGUCAUGUUAUGCUUGUUCAUGAUGAUAAAAUUAUAAUCUUUGGUGGAAUACAUGAUAUAACUUGGGAAUUAGAUGAUUUAUUUGUAUUUAAUCUUAAGAAAAUGGAAUGGAUUAGUGUUGAUGAAGAUAGUGCAAGAAGAAAAGAUAAAUAAUUAUUAUCUCCUACUAAAGAUAAUAAAUAAGAUCUUUAACAUUCAAGAAGAUAAUUUAGAAAAUCAACUAGAACUGGUAGUAUUAGAAAAACAAUUAAAAGAACAACUCUCUCUCCACUUAAAAAACCAGAUUAAUCUGAAGACAGUUUGGAGUCGCCAACUAGAAAUUUAUCAUAAGCUUAAUCUAAUUAAAAAACACUUGAUGAAAAAAAAAGAAAAGAAAUUUAAUAAAAAAAAAUGGCAUUAUUAAAGAUUUUUGAGGUUGAUGAAGGUUAAAAAUUAUAAUUUAGAGAUAAUUCACCUACUUCUGAAAAAAUGAGAAACUCUUUAUUUUUAGUUGGCAAUCCAAAAGCUGACUUAAAAAUUAGAUAGGGAAAAUUAACUGAAUUUGGAAAACCUUUAGUUUCAAAGUAAAUUUUCUAUAAUAUUUAAUAAGAUUUCUCCAGCCACUUCAAUCAAUGUAAAAUUAAAUUAUUGGAAAGAAGCCUUGUGCUAGAGAUGGACAUUCAUUUACAAUUUAUCAAUCUUAACUUAUAAUUUUUGGAGGAGAUAGACAUUAAAUGUCCUUUAAUGAUAUCUAUUCUUUAGAUUUAACAAAAAUUUGA